AUGGCACCUUCUAUUUUUUCUUUUCCUUUUGUUUCUCUCUCUUCUUUUUUUUGUUUCUCUCUUCUUUUUUCUCUUCUUUUUUCUCUUCUUUUUUCUCUUCUUUUUUCUCUUCUUUUUUCUCUUCUUUUUUCUCUUCUUUUUUCUCUUCUUUUUUCUCUUCUUUUUUCUCUUCUUUUUUCUCUUUUUUUUUCUCUUCUUUUUUCUCUUCUUUUUUUUUCUUUUUUCUCUUCUUUUUUCUCUUUUUUUUUUUUCUUCUUUUUCUCUUCUUUUUUCUCUUCUUUUUCUCUUCUUUUUCUCUUCUUUUUCUCUUCUUUUUCUCUUCUUUUUUCUCUUCUUUUUUCUCUUCUUUUUUCUCUUCUUUUUUCUCUUUUUUCUCUUCUUUUUUUUCUCUCUCUUUUUUUUCUCUCUCCUUUUCUCUCUCCUUUUUUUCUCCUUUUUUUCCUUUUUUCUCCUUUUUUCUCUCUCUUCUUUUUUCUUUUUUUCUCUUCUUUUCUCUUCUUUUUCUUCUUUUUUUCUUCUUUUUUCUCUUCUUUUUUCUUCUUUUUUUCUCUUCUUUUUCUCUCUUCUUUUUCUCUCUUCUUUUUUCUCUCUUCUUUUUCUCUUCUUUUUUCUCUCUUCUUUUUCUCUUCUUUUCUUCUUUUCUUCUCUUUUUUUCUCUCUUCUUUUUUCUCUCUUCUUUUUUUUUUCUCUCUUCUUUUUUUCUCUCUCUUCUUUUUUUCUCUCUCUUCUUUUUUCUCUCUCUUCUUUUUUCUCUCUCUUCUUUUUUUCUCUUCUUUUUUCUCUCUUUUUUUUUCUCUCUUCUUUUUUUCUCUCUCUUCUUUUUUUCUCUCUUUUUUUUUCUUUUUUUUUCUCUCUUCUUUUUUUUUUCUCUCUCUUCUUUUUUUCUCUCUCUUCUUUUUUUCUCUCUCUUCUUUUUUUCUCUCUCUUCUUUUUUUCUCUCUCUUCUUUUUUUCUCUCUCUUCUUUUUUUCUUUCUCUUCUUUUUUCUCUCUCUUCUUUUUUCUCUCUUUUUUUCUCUCUCUUCUUUUUUCUCUCUCUUCUUUUUUCUCUCUCUUCUUUUUUCUCUCUCUUCUUUUUUCUCUCUCUUCUUUUUCUCUCUCUUCUUUUUUCUCUCUCUUCUUUUUUCUCUCUCUUCUUUUCUCUCUCUUCUUUUCUCUCUCUUCUUUUCUCUCUCUUCUUUUCUCUCUCUUCUUUUCUCUUCUUUUUUUCUCUCUCUUUUCUCUCUCUUUUUUUUCUCUUUUUUCUCUCUCUUCUUUUUCUCUUCUUUUUUUCUCUUCUUUUUUCUUCUUUUUUCUCUUCUUUUUUCUCUUCUUUUUUUCUCUUCUUUUUUCUCUUCUUUUUUUCUUUUCUUCUCUUCUUUUUCUUCUCUUCUUUUUUUCUUUCUUUUCUUUUUUUUUUUUCUCUUCUUUUUCUCUUCUCUUUUUUUCUUCUCUUCUCUUUUUUCUCUUCUUUUCUUCUCUUUUUUUCUCUUCCUCUUUUUUUCUCUUCUCUUUUUUCUCUUCUCUUUUUUUCUUCUCUUUUUUUUUUCUCUUCUCUUUUUUCUCUUCUUUCUCUUCUCUUUUCUCUUCUCUUCUUUUUUUUUUAUUCUUUUCUCUUUUCUCUUUUCUUCUUUUUUUUUUCUUUUUUUUCUUUUUUUUUUUUUUUAUUCUCUUUUUUUAUUCUCUUCUCUUUUUUUAUUCUCUUCUUUUUUCUUAUUCUCUUCUUUUUUCUUCUCUUCUCUUUUUUUAUUCUCUUUUUUUUAUUCUCUCUUUUUUUUUUUUUUUUUUCUCUUCUUAGAAAAGAUAAAACCCAGAAUAACUUUCUGCUGAUUGAGACUUCUCUUUCUGUCACUCAGAUUCUCGUGGUCUCCAAGUACGGUGUAAGGAUAAACCACCAACGCGCCUGUCUCUGGCCACGAGAGACUCGGAGUCAUUUGAAGAAAUGGAGAAGACUGACAGAUAUUAUUUUGUCUGGAACACGUCCAGUUUCCCGAGAGCGAGAAAAGCGCAGCAGUAGCCGUCUUCAUCGAGGAUUGCCCACAAGCACAGAGAUUCCUCGUGACCAAGGACGGAUGCCAAACAACCCUGUUCAGUCAAGUAUGAUUCCAAUUGCACAAAUAAAUUCAGGACUUCGCCGUAGCAGUGCUUCCAAAGAUGAGACUACAGGACGUUCAGCCUCUUCUCGGCACUUGCGAAAAUGA